AUGCAAGCGCCGCCAGACCCCAGCCAACAGCGUUGCCCCGCCAGCGCGUAUCCGGGCGACGCCAUCGAUCCUCCGUGGCUUUCGCCUCGCUCCGGCCCAUUCCGGGCGACGAGGCAAGGGGGAAGGGGGGAUCCUCCGUUUCGCUCCUCGCUCCAUGAGGUGAGAUUUGGGCCGUUGCGAUGGAAACCAUAUAUGGCAGUCCCGCCCACCAUUGCCGUCCUGUACCUCAUCUACGUCUUUUGCUUUGAGGAGCACAUUUCGAUCCCAGAAGUCUGGUUGCAUCCGAAGAUCUCGCUCAGAACAGGGAAGGACCCCCAACCGGUUGUGGUCACAGCUGCAUGUGGAGUGGGGGCCACGAAGGAACUCCUCUUCUCCCUGCGAUCCCUCAUCCUCUUCUCUCAUGUCCCCUUCCGAUACGUCGUCAUCGCCGACGGCGCUGCAGCCAAGUUACUCUACCAGGUGCAGAGAACGCUUCCUCCACACGUUCAGCUUGAGAUCGUGGGGAUAUACAAACGCAUUCCGUGGAAGUAUCGUCCUUGGCAUGAUGCAUUCCACGAACCCUGUACAUGGCAGAGGCUGUACCUGCCCGAAAUCCUUCCACAUGACAGCCUCAUUCUUUACGUCGACGUUGAUCUUUUGUUCUUCGAGGGAAUAGAAGACGUUUGGCAGGUUUUUAGUCAAUUGGGACCUAAGCAAGCGAUCGGCAUCACCAUGGAACACGAGGAGCUCUCAAAGAAUUCUAUAUAUCAAACGUCGGAGAACGGUCAUGUGCCCCAUUACGGGAAGACAGGAAUUCAGGCAGGGAUUUUCGUGAUGGAUCUAAAGAAGAUGAGAUCUUGGGGUUGGAAGGAGGAGAUUCAGGGGAUCCUCGAAGAAAGACAAGGCGACGUCUUUUACAAGGAUCAGGAUGUCCUCAACAUUUACGGACAUCGUCAUCAGGAAGCCAUCAAGAUUCUGCCUUGUCGAUGGAAUUUCAGACAGGAGCAUUGUCGCUAUAGAAACAAUCGCUGCCUGUCGGCCCACAAUGAGGGGAUCGGGAUCCUCCACGGUGCAGGGAGAUCUUUCAACACCUGGGAGUUCCCGGGGAUCCGAACGGCCGUGGACGUCUUCGGGGAAUGGGAUUUCCUGAAGAAGAACGCUUCCGGCCUCGCGGACGAGAUGGAGCGAAGAAUCGCGAUGCUGGACGACGACCCCAGCUGCGAUCCCUUGCGUCUUCGAUUCUUCUCCAAGACCCUCAGGAAGCAAUCGUCGCAGACUCUCGUGGCAUCCGGUUUUGGGAGGACUUUGCGAUGGAAACCGUACUUGGCCGUCCCGCCUGUUGUUGUCGUUCUGUAUCUCACCUACAUCUUCUGCCUGGAAACACGCAUUUCCCUCCCAGAAGUCUGGCUGCACCCGAAGAUUCUGGCCGGGACAGGGAAGGACCCCCGACCGGUUGUGGUCACAGCUGCAUGUGGAGUGGGGGCCACGAAGGAACUCCUCCUCUCCCUGCGAUCCCUCAUCCUCUUCUCUCACGUCCCCUUCCGAUACGUCGUCAUCGCCGACGAGCCCACGGCCGAGUCGCUCUACCAGGUGCAGAGAACGCUUCCUCCGCACGUAAAGCUCGAAGUCAUGGGGAUCUAUAAGCUCAUUCCGUGGAAGUAUCGUCCCUGGAUCGAUUUCAUUCAAGAGCCAUGCCACUGGCAGAGGCUGUUCCUGCCCGAAAUCCUCCCACACGACAGCCUCGUUCUUUACGUCGACGUCGACCUCUUGUUCUUCGCCGGGAUAGAAUACGUUUGGCAGGCUUUCAGCCAAUUGGGACCCAAGCAAGCGAUCGGCAUCACCAUGGAACACGAGGAGACCUCCACAAACUCCAUCUAUCAAACCGUCAACGCCCAACUCCCCCACUACGGAAAGACAGGCCUCCAAGCCGGAAUCUACUCCAUCGACCUCUCGAAGCUGAGGUCCCUGGGCUGGAAGGAGGAGGUCCAAGACAUCAUGGACGAGCAGCAGGGCCGCCUUUACUGGAUGGACCAGGAUGUCCUCAACGUCUACGGCCAUCGGCAUCCGGAAGCCAUCAAGAUUUUGCCCUGCCGAUGGAAUUUCAGGCAGGAGCAUUGUCGCUACGAGACGAAUCGCUGCGAGUCGGCAUACAAGGACGGGAUCGGGAUCCUGCACGGCGCCGGCGGGUCCUUCGAAACCUGGGAGUUCCCGGGGAUCCGAACGGCCGCGGACGUCUUCCGGGAAUGGGAUUUCCUGAAGAAGAACGCUUCCGGCCUCGCGGACGAGAUGGAGCGAAGAAUCGCGAUGCUGGACGAGGACUGCAGCUGCGAUCCCUUGCGGCUUCGAUUCUUCUCCAAGACCCUCGGGAGGCAGUCGUCGCAGUCUCUCGUGGCGUCCGCGGCGUUCGUCAGGGCCUGAGGGGGAGGGGCCUGCCGUGCCUUCGAUUCUCUGCGCUUCCUGUCUCGGAAUGUUUUUCCGCUGCGCUCGAGGGACUCGGGGAUGAGGCGGAAAGGGAAAAGAUUAUGCGAUGAGGAAAUUCAAUUUACGUAAUGAUGUAGCGCUUGCACCGAUUGCAUUAAAUGCAAGUUUAAAUAAAUACGAAUUUAGACAUGAGAAUCGCGGAAGGUAUCGCGGAUGAGGCCCAACAAUAGAUCGAGACCAUGGAGGAUCGAGACCCCGCUCCAUGGAGGAUCGAGACCAUUUCCGACGGGAACGCGCUCCGGUUGGCGAUCGAUGCUUGGAUCCAUGUCGCCCUGCAAUUAUUUCACCUGCGUCGCAGGCGUGGCCGCCCGUCGGUCACCUGGCACCUGGCCAUCGAUGCUUUCGCAUGACACCUGCAGCUGUGGACUCCAUCGAUCAUCGGUGCCUCCCCGGUGUCUCCCCGGUGCCUCCCCCGUGACUCCCCGGUGACUCCCCGGGGAAGAGAGGGAAUUAUAUGCGUGUUCGCCGCGUGUUCGCGACUGGCGAAAGUGGGAAAUUUCUUGAGCUCGGCCGCGGCGAUUUCGGAAUGGUUUCGCGCAGUUUUCUGCAAUUUGGCAAUGAUGCACCGAGUGUGGUUUUCCGUUCGUGUGAGGUUCGCGAAAUGAAAAUAAAGCCGC